AAAGCGGUUACCAGUCAAUGGAAAAGAUAAGGCCAAGACUUCAAAUUUAUUGGUGAUGGGUGGCUUUUCCAAUCCUCCUUUCUCUUGUCCAAUCCUUUAGCCAGCCAUCGGAAUCACCUCCAUGCUCACCUCCGCUGCAAGAAGGUAGACAAUGACGGAGUUCAGAAUGCUUUGAUACCUAUGCAAUGGAUGAUCUAAUGGUGUAUUCAUACAAAGGAAGGCUCGAAGGCAAGGUGGCACUGAUCACAGGCGGCGCCAGUGGCAUCGGUGAGGCCACCGCCAAGCUCUUCACCCGCCAUGGAGCCCGUGUGAUGAUCGCCGAUGUCCAGGAUGACAAGGGCCGAGCCCUCUGUGAAUCCCUCGGCUCCUCCGUUGCCUCCUACGUCCACUGCGACAUGACCGACGAGUCUCACGUCCGAGACGCCGUCGAUGCUGCCGUCUCCCGCCAUGGCAAGCUCGAUAUCAUGUUCAACAACGCCGGCAUCAUCGGUUCGCCCUGCAUGCAGAUACUGAAAUCCGAGAAGGCCGAUUUCGAAAGGGUGGUGGGGAUCAAUCUGGUGGGAAGCUACCUUGGGACGAAGCAUGCCGCACGUGUCAUGAUCCCGGCACGCCGGGGAAGCAUCGUGAUGACAGCGAGCGUGGCGUCGGUGGACCCGGCGAUGACGCCGGUGGCGUACACGUGCUCGAAGCAUGCGGUGCUGGGGCUGAUGAGGAGUGCGGCGGUGGAGCUCGGCCAGUUCGGGGUGCGGGUGAACUGCGUGUCGCCAUACGCGUUGGCGACGCCGCUGGCGGCGACGGCGUUCGGCAUGGGAGGGGAGGAGCUGGAAGAUUUCAUGCACGAGCAUGCGAUCCUCAAGGGGGUGAGGCUUAAGGCGGAGGAUAUAGCAGAGGCAGUGCUGUUUCUGGGUAGCGAGGAGGCCAAAUAUGUGAGUGGACUCAACCUAUUGGUGGAUGGAGGAUUUACGACUGCUAAUCCCUCGCAUGGUUUGUUCAAGUACUCGGAUGUGUGACAAAGCUGUUUCCUGGUGGUUUGGGUUCGUUCAGGAGUAAGGUCUUUGCGGUUUGACAAUUCAAACAUUAAGGAUGUCAAAUGGCUAAAACCGGGGUCAAAUUUUACAUGAUUAUUUAUGGUCGGAUCAUCAAGCUGGAUCUAUUUUGGAUUCUGGACAUAGCCUAUCUGUAUUUCCAUAACGGUUCUUAAAUUUUAUGUCCAAUUCAUCGAAUUUUAAAA